AAUAAGAGGACAUUUCUGGUCUGAACACCCACAUAGAGAGAACAAAAGAUAGAGAGAGAUAUGGACAUUGUAAAACUUCCGAGUGGUCCUAAGGACUUUAAAGUCUGCAAACAAAAAGUUGAGGAGAGAGAUUCAAGUUGCUGUGCCAUGUCAGAGGACUGUACAGGAGAGUGGCUAAGGGCAUGGAAGUAGCUCAACUUUGCCGACUGUCCAAGAGUAUGCAUCAUUGAUUGAUUAACAUAAUAAUACAAGGGCAGCCGCGCGCCGAUUUGUGGCCCAUUCCCUACAGUUUUACCUAAGUGGUAGUCAUUAGAUGGGACAAGGACAUGUGCAUAUAAGUAACAUAACAACCCUAAAGAGGAGGCAUUUAAAAUUUGCAGCUCAGUUCAUCUACUUAAUUAUAUGGCUUAGCAAGAAAGAGAAAUACUACCCUAAUCAAUUGGAAUGCAAAGUAGAAGCCGAUACAAGUCAAACAAUAUGGUGUUACUUAGGAAAGAUGAAUGCAAUGAUGAAAUUUUUAGGUCUUUUCUUGCUCCCUCAGCUAGUCUUUUUCCCUUUUUCUUCCCUAUUCGUACAAUAAUCGCUCAUUCUUGCU